CUGGAUAUGAGACCACUAGUAGGGCACUAUCUUGGGUACUAUACUUUCUUGCAAAAAAUCCCAAUGUUCAGGAUCGUCUUCGUAAAGAUGUGCUUGAUGUAUUAACCGAUCGUAAUCAUCAUCCAACGAUUGAAGAGAUUGAUACUUUGAAAUAUUUAGAUUGUGUCUUUAAGGAAACUUUGAGGAUCAUUCCACCUGCGCAUGUGCUCCUUCGUUGUACUUCUAAAGAUGAAAUCAUGAACGAUUACUUGAUUCCAAAGAAUACUCCGUUGUUGAUUCCUAUCUACGCAAUCCAUCAUGAUCCCUUAAUUUGGGGUGAUGACGCUGACUAUUUUAACCCAUCUCGAUGGCUUGAUCCAGAAAUAAAAUCAAGAGUAACAAGUAGUAAUUUCUUACCUUUUAGCGCUGGUCCAAGAAUUUGUUUAGGAAUGAAGAUGGCACAUUUGGAAUUUAAAUCUAUUUUAUCGGUGCUUAUUAGAAAUUUUGAGUUUAAAUUAGUUGAAGGCUUUACCUUUAAAAAGGACUUUAAAGGUUUUUCAAAACCUGUUCCUGGACUUGAUUUAUGGGUUUCAAAACUGGAUUAUUAA